AUGAUAGGUCAUAAUACUCCUGAUGGUUAUGCUGACAUAGUUUUUAUUUGUGGUGAAUGUAAAAAAGAUUACAAUAACAAUAUUCUCCCGUGUUGCGAGAAAUGUGGUAGGUUAAAGAGAAAUAGAAAUAGGUGCCUUUGUAGUCAUUUAAAAGCUAAAUCAACUAAACCACUUUCUGAUAAAGAAUUACUUUCACAAGCUUUCAGUUCUCGUUUAGAAAACAAAACUAGAGAACUAGAAAGAGAGUUAUCAACCACUAAAGAAGAAUUAAAUAUUGAGAGGGAAGAAAUAGCCAAAUUUCAAGAGAAAUCUGAAGAAUGGAGCAAGAAGCAAAAACAAGAGUUGUUAGAUAAGAUUAAACAACAAGAAGCAGAAAUUAUUAAAUUGACUCAGAAAAUUGAACAAUUGAAAACUUUAACCCCUCAAGAGUUA